UCCUGGAUGGUUGUUGGGCGGAGACAAUGACUUGCAGGCGCCGGGAGAAAGCACUGUCCAAUGCCAAUCAGGGCACAUUAAAAUUGACCGAUCAGGGCAGGGCAUUGCUAUGGGCAGGACAUUGCUCUGGGCAGCAAGUGGCCCUGAAUCGGACCCACCGUCGCCGUCGUCGUUACAGCGAAGCCGAUUUGAUCAGCCAUCUCCAAGCAUCAUCGGAUUUAACCUUCUCGUCCCGAUCUCCGGCCGGCUCGCCAUAGACGCAACGCAUACAUGAUCCAGAUUCCUCGCUUCAAUUUCAAGAGAGUCCUGGUGGUGAUCACGCUUGUCGUGUGGCUCCAAAUGCUGUACUCGGUCUCUCUCAAGUACCAGAUGGUCGUCUCGCUGGUUGAGAAGAUGCCGCGCUCUAUCGACAGCCACUAUGACGAGCCCUUCAUCGUGCUCCGGUCCAACGGCGACUUUGAAUCCUUUCGCAUCGAACGCCAGACUCCCCGGAAAGUCGUCUUGCCCGACAAGGCCCGCCAGGACGCCGGCAAGACGGUGCUGAUCCUGUGCAUCCUGCAUGGCGAUCACUCGUUCGGGAGCGGCCGCAACUUUUCCUCCUUUCUCCAGAUGAUCGCCGCGUUCGAGUACCCAAUGUAUCAGCUCAGCCUGGGCUUUCUCAUGUCGGAUUAUGAGGAUCUCCAGUCCUCAAUCCCGAUUCUCGACCAGUUCGUUCGCGACAACAACCUUGCCGCCGGCGCCAUCUAUUUGCAGCCCCAGGAGGAGACGUCAUCGCGCGAGAUGCGACAGAGAGACGAUAUCCAGAGGGAGCGCCGGAGCCUGCUGGCCCAGCUGCGAAACAGAUUGCUACUCUCGACCCUCCGCCACGAGGACGCCGUGCUGUGGAUCGACUCGGACAUUGUCGAGAUCCAGUCCGAUGCCCUCAAGCAGUUUGUGCGGUCGGGUCUCGAUAUCGUCACGCCCUUCUGCCGAUUCGGCACCAAGGGAAUGGAAUCCUACGAUGGCAACGCUUGGGUCGGGAGGCGCAAAAGGCCCAGCGAGGAGCAAUGGAAACAGAUCAAAGAGGGCACGACAAGCGACUUUGUUCCCAAUGGCGACGGUGCAGAAAUGGUGGUGCAUUGGAUCGACAAGGACGAUAAAGUUGUCGAACUCGACUCUGUGGGCGGGACGGUGCUCUAUGUUCGCGCAGACGUGCACCGCAACGGCGUCAACUUUCCCCCGUUCUAUCUGAUCGGAUCAGACUGGGACGCCAAGUAUGGCGGCUAUGACGGCAUCGAGACCGAGGGACUGUGCUAUAUCGCCCGGACGAUCGGAUAUCGGUGCUGGGCCAUGCCACACAUCACCGUGUCCCACACCUACUGGCAGGAAACUCCCAAACACCCACGGAAAUCUGAUUAGCGGUAUCUGUUGAUGGCAAGUUGACUUGUUUCAAAAACACGCUUUAUCAGUGUGCUCCUGCCCUCAGUGUCAUU